GCCAAGCGACGCACAUGCGUCCUUGCGCUCACCGACAGGCAAAAGCAGGAGAUCAAAGAAGCGUUCGAGCUCUUCGACACGGACAAAGAUGGCUGCGUCGACUACCACGAGCUCAAAGUCGCGAUGCGCGCGUUAGGGUUCGACUUGGAGAAGGCGGAGGUGCUGAAGAACCUGCGAGAUCAUGACAGGAUGGGACAUGGACUGACGGACUUCGAAGAUUUUGCGAAAAUCAUGAGCGAGCGCAUACUGAUUCAUAAUCCCAUAGAAGAGAUCCGCCACGUGUUUCAGCUUUUCGAUGAUGACAACAACGGCAAGAUCAGCCUAAGAAACCCGAGGAGGGUGGCGAAGGAAAUUGGUGACCGGUUGGAAGAUGAUGAACUGCAAGCCACGACCGACGGGUUCGACCUCGACCAGGACGGAGAGAUCAAUGAGCAGGAAUUAUUUGCGAUCAUGACGGAUAAUGCAUAGGACAUUUUUCAAUCAUUCUUGAUUUCAGUCAACAUCAUGCACGUUUGUGUAGCUCAAAUCUCUCGUCUGCUUGAUUAUUGAGUCUAUUGUUAUGUCUUUUCUUGGUAGGUCUCGGCUAUGAUUAAUCAUCUCAAUGAAUCCUUUUUAUGCAAUACAUUGACUUCACUUCUCAGAUAAUCUUUCUUCUGGAACCUCGGUGCUACACCGUCAAGCUCGCGUUUGAGGAUUCGCUGAUUAUCGCGUGUUCCAUGUGAUGCAUUGACCAUCGCACAGAAACAAGGAGAGCGUCAGAAUGGCGGAG